AUGCCGUUCGACGCAGUCGGUGCCGUUGGAGAAGCCUCGAGCGACGGGGCAGAUGCCCUCUUCGACCCCUCAGCUCCCUUCUUCAACCGCUUCAACAGCCGAAGAUCAGUCGUCUACAGCACAAAGGGCAUCGUCGCCGCCUCCCAACCCCUCGCUGCCCAGGCCGGCCUCGACAUUCUCAAAGCUGGCGGCAAUGCCGUCGACGCAGCCAUAGCCACGGCUGCCGCCCUCGGCGUGACAGAGCCUUGCUCCACUGGAGUGGGAGGAGACAUGUUCAUGAUUUACUGGGAUGAGACGAAGCGGAAAGCCUUUGCCAUCAACGGUUCAGGUCGAUCGCCGGCUGGAUUGACCAUCGAAAAGUGCCGAGAGCUGGGCAUGACUGGCAAUCUGUUACCGCCUCAGGAUGCAAACUCGGUCACGGUCCCUGGCCAGGUCGCCGCUUGGUUCGAUGCAAAGGACGCGUAUGGCAGUGGCAAAGUGACCAUGGAGCAGAUCCUUAAGCCGUCUAUCGAGCUCUGCAAAGAUGGCUUCCCCGUGUCUGAAAUCACGGCACGGCAGUGGAUCGAAUGCGAGGGGCUGUUGAAGCGGGUGUCUCCGAAUGGCGGCGAGCUUCUCCUAGAAGGCAAGGCUCCUCGUGCAGGCCAAGUCUUCAAGAACCCAAACCUUGGUAAAGUGCUUCGUGAAAUAGCUUCCAAUGGAAGGGCAGGGUUCUAUGAGGGAUGGGUAGCAGAGGCAAUCACCAGUGAGAUCCAACAGCUUCGGGGCGUCAUGACAACACAAGACCUUAAGGAUCACACAACUACCUUUGUUGAACCUAUAUCCAAGAGUUAUCAAGAGUACAAACUGUUGGAAUGUCCACCCAACGGCCAAGGAAUUGUUGCUCUGGAGGCGCUGGGCAUCAUCGACAACUUGGAGAAGGACGGAAAGAUUCCCUCGCUGAAGGGCCUGGGUCACAACUCGACCCAAUACAUACAUACAAUAGUGGAGGCACUGCGAUAUGCCUUUGCUGAUGCAGAUGCCUAUGUGUCUGAUCCAGAACACUCUGGGCCGGAAUGGAAAAGCCUCCUGGAUGAUGCAUACCUAAAGGACCGGGUAUCCAGCUUCAAAUCAGAUGCCGUCGAUGCAUCUCUGAAGAACGGAUUCCCCAGCAAGUCCUCUGACACCGUCUAUUUCACCACAUCCGACUCCGAAGGUAACGCGUGCAGCUUCAUCUGCUCGCUCGCCUCCAACUUUGGCAGUGGCAUCGUUCCAAAAGGCUGCGGCUUCGCUUUGCAGAAUCGGGGCACCCAGUUCCAGCUGCGCGAGGGACACGUAAACACACUCAGACCUCGGAAACGGCCAUAUCACACCAUCAUUCCCGCGAUGGUGACGAAGAACGACCGGCUUGAGCUCUCUGUGGGCGUCAUGGGCGGCUUCAUGCAGCCGCAAGGCCACUUGCAGGUCAUGCUCAACUCGUGCGUCUUUGGCUUGAAUCCUCAAGAUGCCUUGGAUGCGCCGAGAGUGUGCAUCAGGCCCUCCCGCACAUUGCCCGAGUAUGCAACGGCAGACGAUUACUCCAAGUUGACGCAGAAAUCCAUCGUAUGUCUGGAAGAAGGAUUUCCCCAAGAUACAGUUGAGGGUCUGCGUAAACUGGGCCACGAGGUGCAGCUCGUAACGGGUUGGGAUCGUGCAAUGUUUGGACGAGGUCAGAUCAUCCAAGCAAAGCAGGAUCCAAGUGGUCUGAGGGUGUAUCAUGGAGGAAGCGACCAACGCGGCGAUGGCCACGCAGUUGCAUGGUAA